AUGGACGAGCCAGUGGUUAUCCAACUAAGUCGUCCAGAGGUAUAUGUGAAUCAGUUAUCAUUUGGAGGAAGAGAUGCAGUAGCAGCAACGCUCAGCAAUGACUUCAUUCACCUUGUAGACAUAGAAGCGAAAAAAUCAAAGCAAACUUUGGAUGUUGCGAAGAGAGUUGUUGGAAUACAUUUCGAUCUUACCGGAAGCGCUGUUUUACGUGCUGUCGACGACUCUUUUGGCAUCCAUCUGUUCGAUAUCAGAGCAGGAUCGAAAAAGAAAUCCAGGGUUAACCCGAUAAUGGAAAAUCAUCAGGUUGUUUGUUCGGCCUGUUCUGAUCAUUAUAUUGCGUUGGGAAGUUCUAGUUUUCUCCUAGAUAGUGAAGAUAAGAAAAAAUCCAAGAAUAAUGAGGCAAGUGGUGAUGAUGAAGAUGACGAUGAUGAUGAUGAGGAGAUGGAAGUCGAUACAGAAGUUGAUUCGAGUCAAAUUCAUCAUGCUAUUUCUGUGUUUGACCUCAGGAAAUGCACUGAUCCUGUUUUGACCAUUAAGGAAUCGCACUCAGACUCCAUCAAUACACUUGCUUUUAUGAGAGAUGGUCAACAUUUGAUUUCGGGUGGUUCGGACGGAUUGCUUAAUAUUUUCAAUGCUUCGUAUGCGAAGGAAGAUCAAGCACUACAAAGCACUUGUUCAGUUGGGUCUUCAAUUAAUCGCGCUGGUUGCUUGUCGAAACGACUUAUAUACGCUUGUACUGACGACAAUAGGUGUUCAGUCUUCGUCCCAAAUGCGCCCGAUGAUAUUGAUUAUCUAUUCAAGCGAGACGGAAUUGAAGGUCGCUUUCUGGUGGAUGCUCUAAAAGGAGGUGUUGAUGAGCGUCCAGUAGCGCUUCUUGAAUGUGACGCUGAAGGAACUCUAUAUGUUCGAACAGUUUCCAAGGAUGGGAAGAACACGGAGGUAGUCAUGGAAUGGAAAGGUCACACUGAUAUUGUGCGCAGUGCUGCCUACAACAACCGUCUUUUGGUUACGGGAGGAGAAGACGGCAAAAUCGUUGUAAAAAACGUUGAUUUGAGACCUGAAGGUGGAAAACCAGAGAAAACGAAAGAUAAGAAAGACGAUGGGAAGAACAACUCUGUGAAAAUCAGAAAAUCCGGAGUAGAGAUUUUGGGUUGUGUGAUCGCCGUAGCCCUCACAGAAGCGUUGAAAGGGCACCAGCUGCCUCAGCAGCAAACAAGUGUUUACGGUCUUUGUAAUUUGUUCUUAUUUGUACCGUGCUUAUAUGGAGAGAUCCAUCUUGUUGUUUUUGUGCUGUGA